GCGGGCGGGCGCCGCGCAGAUGGCCGGGGCGAGCAAGGUCUGAGGCUCCGCUCCCCGAAACGUGACCAUGUGGAUUCAACAGCUUUUAGGACUCAGGUCGAUGUCCAUCCACUGGCCGGGCUGCGCCAUCGGAAGCCGUGUUUGGGUACUUAUAGCCAUGUUCCAGCUCGCCAUGGAUCUCCCCGCGUGCCAGUCCCUCGGCCCCGGCCCCGAGUUCCGGCUCCUGCCGCGGCUGCCGCACCGGACCCCGCGCGCGUGGAGCUUGAGGAAUGGACAGUCCUCCCGCCUCCCGGCGCCCCCGUGGAGCCCCCGGCCGCCCCGCGUGGAGCGGCUGCACGGGCAGGUGCAGGCCCCCCGGGCCAGGAGGGCGCGCAGAUCCCGGGACCAGCCGGCCACUGCCACGCCCAGCCCCUCGCUCGCCUCCUGGCCCUCAUCCUUGUCCUCGGUGGGCAGCGGGCCCACGGACCCCCCGAGCCUGCGGAGGGGGCGGCGGCAGCUGCAGGGCCGUGGGCCCAACGUGUUUGACUUCCGGGGCGGCCGGCCCACCACCGAGACGGAGUUCAUUGCCUGGGGGCCCACGGGGGAGGAGGAGGGGCUGGAGCCCCACACCUUCCCGGGGCUCUACGGCCCCACCACGGUCUCCGUCCUGCAAACCCGGAAGACGACGUUGGCCACUGCCAGCUCCACCACCGCCGUCGCCACCACCGCCCCCGUGGCCCUGCAGACUAGGGGUUCCACGGAGGCCCCGGGCCCCAGGAGCAGGGUUCCGGCGGGGGUCAGCACAGCGGAGCCCUCCACCAGCCCCAGCAGCAGCGGGAAAGACCCCAAGGCCCCGAGGAUCCCUGGGGACACCUCAGGUCUGGCUGUCCAUCAGAUCGUCACCAUCACCGUCUCCCUCGUCAUGGUCAUCGCCGCCCUGAUCACAACCCUUGUCUUAAAAAACUGCUGUGCCCAAAGCGGGAGCACGCGCAGGAACAGCCACCAGCGGAAGAUCAACCAGCAGGAGGAGAGCUGCCAGAACCUGACGGACUUCACGCCCGCCCGCGUGCCCAGCAGCCUGGACAUCUUCACGGCGUACAACGAGUCGCUCCAGUGUUCGCACGAGUGUGUCCGGGCCUCCGUGCCCGUGUACACCGACGAGACACUGCUCCCGACGGGAGAGUACAAGUCCACAUUCAAUGGGAACCGACCCUCUUCUUCUGACCGCCAUCUUAUUCCCGUGGCCUUUGUGUCUGAGAAAUGGUUUGAGAUCUCCUGCUGACUGGCCGAAGUCUUUCUUACCUCCUGGGGCAGGGCAGAUGCCUUCUGUCUGUUUCAUGGAUCCCGUUGGUGAACCUGUAAAAAAAUAAUACAAAACCUAAAACUAAAAUAUAUCAGGGGGAGGGUCCCUGCACCUACUCCCACUUCUGUUUCCCCAUGGGGGACUCACAGAGCAGGACGCUAUAGGCCAAAUAUAUUUUUAUAAAAAUGCCCAUGCCUAUGAGUGACUGCAUUCUCCCAGAGUUUUCUUUGGAGAACGGAAAGAAGAAACACAAGCAAGGGACCGGAGAGACAGAGGGGAAAGGAGACCAAGCGAAAAGGACAGGAGGAAACUUCUGGAAACUUGGAUUUGUACAACGAGUCUGAGCCUGUGCCAAUAAUACCAUUAUGUGCCAUGGACUGACCCAAAAGGCUUGGUGACAAAGCCAACGCCAAGAGAAUCACAUGUGGGAAAUCUUACAGAAAACGGGUGGGAAUCUCGUCGCGUAGCGUCACUAGUGCGGUUAAUAUACAUAUAUAAAUAUAUAAAUACACACGGACACACACACGCACUUUUUUUGUACCGUAGCAAUUUUUGAAGAUCUUAAAUGUUCCUUUUUUAAAAAAAAAUGUGUUAGCCGUUACAAAAGCUGAUUUCUUUAACAUGCUUAGUAUGAACGGAGUUUUCUACUUUGCCAGCUCAUCUCACACACACACACUUGCACACACACACACACACACACAUGCACACAUCUGCAUCUAUUGGAAAUGUGGUUCCACAGGUGAGCAUCAUCACCACCCGUCCCGGUGAACAGCUUUGACCCAGAGCACGAGGCCCGAAAGGGGCACAGCCUCCGUUGGCUAGACAUUUGGUGAGUGACACCAGACAUGAUUAAUUGACUUGGGACAGAAUUGAGAAUGUCAUGGUUUUAUAUAUAUAAAUAUAUAGAUACUAUCAUUUUUCUUUUUCAUUUAAUUGUUCAAAGAUGCUACCUAAUGGCCACGUGCACAUAGUUGUAGCUGGCUGCUUGUAAAUGAACCUGAGAGUAAGCUUGGGAGGAUUCUCAAACAUCUUUGUGUUAUGUGAACAUAGACUAAAUUAAAGAAGUUUUCCAGUUCCAAAAUUAAAAGAAUAUGUCCUCAUACAUGUGUGUGCAUAUGUGAGGGCAGAAAGCAGAAAUGUAUGAGGGUUCUAGUUUGUCCAGAAAUGAAAAAUAGUUCUGUGGGCAAAUACCCAGGUGGUUCUCACUUGAGCAGUGUUCUAGAAUGUUCUUUGUUUCUUUCCCUCUGUUGUUGCUUGUUUUGCUCUUCCUUCGGCCCAAGGAUGACUUUCGAUCCUUACGGAGUUGGUGGCAAAAACGCUGCUCUCUUGUCAACUCCCAUUGGUUGACAUUUGGGUUUUGUCCCAAGAAUCCUACUGUAACACUUCCUGGUGGAAAUAGGGGUCCCAGGCUGGAGACUUGCUAUAGACAGUCCCAGACACAAAAAUGCUGCCCUGCUCGAGGGGGGACGGCUCCCUCCUGACCCACAUCUUAGUAGAGCCUCCCGGGGGCUCUCGGUGAGGCCCCAGGCUCUUCCUGGUUUACAGAAGGCCAGCUGUGUCUCCGAAGAAAGUUCCUCCUACGAUGACCCGUGUGCACCUUGGCAGCAGCAGGUGCAGGAGUCAGUACGUGAACUGCCACCACGGAGGGGCCCAAGAUCACGCUGACAGCUGACCUUCCACCCCACUUCCCGGCUGGGCCAGUGACCUUCCGAUUCUUCAAUUGGCCUCCAUCUCCCUCCAAAACAACUUGAAAUGUUCUUCAGAAGUUCACUUUUAUACCUCCUGAAAUAUGUGAAAGUAAAGACACAGCAGUGGAGGGGGAAAAUCUGUUUUUGUAACACAAUAGAGUUAAGAUCUGCUGCUCUUGGAUGGAGGAAAGUCUUUUUUGUUAUUUGGGUUUUUGUUUGUUUUUGUUUUCCCCCAAAGCUUUGCCACACAUUGAGAUGAUGCAAUCACCCACCACUGGCACUUGGUCAUCGACAGGUUCCUGGGAUGCCCCCAUCGCCCUGGCUGUGCACCGCUCUGCCCUGCACCCACCACCUCCGUCCAUUGCCCUCCAGGCACCUUCCUGCUGAGGGUCGGCCUCGGGGCCUUCCUGACCCAAGGUGGGCUCAGGGCUGUCGGCGUGGGUCAGGGCCGCUGCCCCCAUCCUUGACAUCCUGUGCGCCAGAGGGAACCCAGCCAGAAGGAGGCUAUGGUAGGGGAGCCCACUCCUUCUGUGGUGGAGGUUGGAGCCCAGGCUGCCCCACGAGGCUGUGCCCAGUGCCUGGUGACCCCUCAAAUCCCGCUCCGCAGUGGAAUUGCAGUCGGGUCAUCCUGAACUCUUUCCAGAGCUCCACAAGAUGCCUAACCUUUGAAGGAAGCUUGACACGAUACCACAGAGGAGCACACACGGGGCAGGGCUGGAGAUCAGGCACGUGCCGCCCACCAGGUGAGCCAGCUGUGCAAAUCCUGCAUCUGUUGAAACAAAUGCCCCAUUCGUAAAGAUCGUAGGAGUGUGUGCAGAAGUUUUCCAUCACAUGCUUUAAAUGGUUGCCGCACACCGCAACGGGCAGCAUCAUCUGCUUAAGAGGAGAUGCUAAAUGAGCAUGACUGAUGCAUAGAAGGCAGCCCUGCCCACAGCGGCAUCUGUGUAGACUACAGCCAUGUGCACGCAGCCCUGGACAACUCACAUAUCCGUGUCUGAUGAGCUUGGCCAGGCCCGCCUGCCUGGGGUCAUGCCGUGGGUCACCUGCUGUUCUCUCUUUUCGGCUUGGCCUCUGGAUUUCACCAUCUGUUAGCAACUCCCCCAGUUUUCUGUAGCAAAGACGACAUCUUCCCAGACCCCAGGGCCGGGUCCUUUACUGUUGCUUUAGAUUUCUUUUUUCCCUCAGGGAAGGUAUUUGAAGGAAGAGUGAUAUGUUUUGUAAGGUCCCCAAAUUGUUGUCAGCCCCCGUCUUACCCCUUCAGCGGCCUUAGAUUCAAACCUCUCAAAACAACUGGGCAUGGCGUUGGGGUAGCCUCUCUCUCUGUUGUCGCAGGGUCAUCGUUUCCCACUGGCAUCAGCUUCUGGCCAGUGUCCAGGCCAGGCCAGGCCUUGUGCCCAUGGAUCUUCCUUCCGACUCCACCUUCUCAUGCGUGGUGUGAACGUGUAGUGACACUGCUUGUGCUAGAAGCUUGUGAGUGUGCAGAUCGAAAGGAGAAAGAGGCCACCUAGAGAGGCAUGUUUUCUCCCAAGUGUUCCUGGUCUCCCGGGUCCUGAGUUUGGGUGGGCUUCUCGAGCUGCCUGCAACUCCUAGACAUGCAUCUCAGACCCCUGUGGAAACUGGACUCAUCAGUAAACCCCACCAUCUCUCCAAAUUUGACCACCAGGAAAGCAGUACAGACAACCACGAUCUUGCAAUCUUAAACUCAACGUUUCUUCUCAAAAAUAGAUUGCUCUUUAACAAACCACGUUUCAGCAUCAGGCUGGACCUCCUUGCAGUGUUUGGUUAUCAGGGGUUUUAUUCUUGAGUGUCCAGUCAUGUCGGUCUUAUGACAAAAUGAGCACAUCAGAGAAUUGGCCCCUUUCCCCUUGUCCAGUCUCUGUCUUGACUCUCUUGCCCACAUGGAAUAUUCCAUUGCUUUUUCUUCAUCAUCCAGAUGGUCCAGUACCGUCUACAAUUCAAGUAGCUGAGCUGACCCCAGUGUCUUGAAGACAAGUGAGGAACCAGGGCUGACCUUCAGCCCCUUCUCACCCAAGCUGGGUCUUCCACGGCUCCUUUCCCGAUGGCCUCCCUACGCACCCUUCCUUGGUCCACAUCAUCUUCCAUCCUCAGGGAGUCUCGAGGUGGCCACCACCCUUCCCUGCGCUGUCUUUCCACCUCUCCUCCCCAGAGCCAGCCCUCAAGUCAGCAAUGGGGAGAGGAACUGACACUCCUGAAUGCUUCCAGUUUCCAGAGCCCUUCUUCUUAUGACCCGUGAGUUCCUUGAGAAGACACACGUGCAGUUACGAGAGAAACAAUUCUUCCCAGCCUGCUGUAACUGGCUGAUCAUUCACCAUCCACUGGUCCGACCAAGACUUGCUGAAUGUCCACCCUGCUGGCAGUAUGGCUGGAAGCAAGGUGGGCCUAGGCUUGUCUUUGCCUGUGUUUUGUGCUAUGUGGAAGGGUGCAGAUAAUUAACUCAGAGGCAAACAAAAUAAUCUCCAGAGAGAGGGUUAAUGGUAGGAAGACAGUGGAGGAAGUGAUGGGAGAGAGAGGGGGAGUGUUCUGUUUCUCUGAGCCCUGCCACCAUUUCCUAUUGGGAAAUCACUUAUUCACCAAGGACUGCUCUGGGAUUCGGGGUAGCGAGAAAGCCUUACUCCUAGCUCCUGGGUAAAAAUAUGGGGCAGCGUCAAGUGGAAGAUUUCUCAUUCAUUACAAACUGCUCUUCCUGGCUCCCCACCAAACCCCUCCAUCGUGCUGAUGGGUAGAAUCUUUCCAGAGAAGCGGAAAGGUGGGGCCAAGAGGAGGGAAGUAGCCCUUGCCCCCCCCCCCCCGCCUUGAGUUCUGCCUUGGACCCUGGUGCCCUCGCCAUCCAUAGCGCCACGUCACCAUCAGGUCAGCCAGGUCUCAAGGAGGACGGGGAGACAGAGGGGGACAUAACCCACGGGGCUCAGGACCCCCAAGGAGACUGAGCCCUCCUGGCCAGGAAAGGCAGCAGCCUGUCCCGAAGUUCACACGCAGCACGAAUCACACUUCGCGGCACACUUCCUAAACAACAUCUGCCUUUAAGCAAGCACUUAUUCCAAAGCGUGCCAUGAUUCAUGAAAUUUUGGAGUGGUUACUUGAGUGUAGUCUGUCAUUUUGCUAUGCCAUUCUGGGUUUUGUUUGUUUGUUUUGAACCAGUGUAAGUAGCACAGCCCACAUAAAUGAGCCAAAUUCUCACCAUCUGAGAAUCUUUGAUUAUCUUUCCCAACUUAUUUUACAUUGAUGUGCUUCUGGCUGGGAAGAAGAAUUUGUUCUUCACCCACUCGGAGCCAAGAUCUGCAUUAGUUACACAGAGCAUUAUUCGUACAGCUCCCUGCAAAGUCAUCAAUGACUGCUUGACAUUUUGAAAUAUGCUGCCAGUCCUUCCUUCCAAAAAGUGUGAAGCAUGCUUAUGCACAGGUUUGCAUUUCUGGGUCUAGAGUUGGCAGUUGGGUGAAGUGGUGGGUAAACAGAGGUGUAGGCAGAGACUUCCUGUCUUUCUUACCAUCCCCAACACCCAAGAGAGAGAAUGAAACACCUCUGACCUCAGAUGGCUCUGGAACGAUCUCAGCCUGGCCAACACUCAGCAGCCCAUCUUCCCAGUUCAAAUAGGACACCAUGUGACCAGGCAAUCCUAGCUAGGAAAUUUAAGUCCGUGCACAUUCUCCUUUUAUGCCGAAGGGUCAGUGGUGACAUUUGCACUUUGUCAGAGGGGUGGCCUUGCCCUCCAUGCUGGUGACAAUAUGGUCCCACCAGAGCAGAGAAAGCCAGACUCAGAUGUGCACCAGCACCCCUUCCCCACUCCAUUAUAACAUUGCACUUUGUUAUAAUAUAUAUAACACAUGGGCUGCAGAAAGCUGUAGACAAAUGGCCUCCAGAAUAUAAUAUAUCAGAGUAAAGAGGUGUGGCACCUGCCAUGGGCUCUUUAAGGCAUUGGUGCAUGAUGGCAGUGGGGUGUGGGUGACGGUGGGGGCUUCACUGUUUGAACCCCCAGACACAUCAGCCAUCAGUCUACCCUCCACAGCUGUAACUGCACAGCCCACACCCAAUCGCAGAGACAACCAAAGAGAACGGUCAACUCGGUUACAACAUAUUAUUUAUGUCUACUUGGGAGUUGGAGUUCUAAAGUAAAUCCUUCCAGCAGCUCCAUUGCAUUUCCUACUUGAUGGAUUCUCUGCUAAAUGUUCCAGGAGUCAUCACAGAUAGAAUAGAGAGAGUAGUUUUGAAUGAACUCAUAAAUCUAAGUCAUCUAUAGAACAGCUUCAGCUUAAGAGGUGUGACAUAAACUGGUCCAACUUACUCAUCUGGGAUGCGUGGGUUUAUAAGCACUUAAGAUGGGGCUAGUUUAAAGCACUAGUGAGUAGUGGGGGAAGGGGACGGUGACUAUAUAAGCUACCAUGUUUGCAAGGGAGGUUGUGUUAUUUCUUGGUUGGAAUGCAACACACAUGUACCGUGGAUAGUAUUAAAUUAAACAGGCAAAUAUAAUAACCAAGAGAGCAGCUAAGUCACCCCCAUGGGGCUGAAUUAACUCUUGCCAACAUCUUGACUCUUGUAGUAUAAUAUUUGCUGAGUAAUGUGUGGAAGCCAUGGGGACAAAAAGCAUCUGAAUGUAUGGAAUUUUCUUUUAUAAAAUUUAAUGAAUUUUGUCCCAGGUGAUCUCUUCUCAAGAUAGAAUCCUCCAGAGACCUGGAUUUCCAUGUAUAAGACAGCAAUGUGUGACCGAGCUUCUCUGUUAUUUUUAACCCCCAAAUAUUUUCAAUGCUAAAUAACUCCUAGAAACUUCAUUCUUAUGUGGACAUAACCCAGCUGAUCACACCUGUUAGCUUUUGCCAUUAUUAGAUUUCUGAAAUUCUCCAAUAAAAGUCUUUAGUGUGGAUGUUUAUAGCUUUCAGGUUUGCAAACUGUCAGAUGACACUAGUCUUACUGAAUUUGACAAAUGACUGCUUCCAGGGAGUCGAAGGUAGUUAUGGCCACGGGAGAAGCAAGAACACUAUGCAGUCUUAAGUUAGAUAUUUUGGCACCCUUGUGUACCAUGUAGAGGUGUAGCCACUAAGAAUCUAGGAUGGAGGGCCCUCCGAGCAUCCCACCUCAUCAUCACGCAGGGCAAGCACCAUUGUACCAACCCCUGCUCACUAUCCUAUUUCUUAACAAAACCAUCCCAUCCUCCUCCGCUACUCGGUCAUCCCAAACCAAAUGGGACAUUUCAAACCCACUGUGACUAGUUGGGAGUUGAAGAGAGAGGGGUUUUGCUCCCCAUAGCAGUCCUGCUGAUGUCUUAGGCUACUGGAAGCCCCCUAAGGGCAUGAUAGCAAGUCAGGGUUUUUGUAACGUGGCAGCCACUGCCAGCCAGAAGAAACAUUCUUUCUCCUUGUGCCUCCAAACUCUCUUCCCAGUUGGGGACUCCCCCCCGUUUUAUUUCUCUCUUACGCAUAUGGACUUUGAAUGUCGAGUCAUGUGACUGCCUACAACUUAUGUCUUCAAAGCAAUGUGUCUGCUUUGUCUGGAGUUUACAGCCAGUAGAAAAGACCCCAGAAAGUGCUGGUAAGGAUUUUCUAAGGUGCUUUCUCUUCCACAUACAAGCACAACUUUUCCCACAGAUACAGAGCCUUGAAGACAGGGCACUGGGAUUUAAUCGUCAUGAUAUGUAGAUGUUUUGUUUUACGUUUUGUUGCAUUGGGGUCACUUCCUCGGAAGCCAUAAGGAUGUAGAAGACUCUGGCAAAGUUAGUUCUCAGUCAGCUGACCGUCAAUUUCACCCUUAAAGAUUAAUUCCCAACCUGAGGUGACACGGAGUGACUUGAGGCUCAGUGCACUUUUCGGAGAGUGGCCCGUGGCUCGCUGCUCAGUGUGACAAGAGGAGAGAAUGGUCCGUGGCAAAAACCACUAGUAGGGGUGAAAGGGAGGGGUGGGAACUUGAGAAGUUUCAGAAGGAAACAUGGAGAUUUUCAGAAAACAUUUGACCAAUUUAGGGCUCGGGAUAAUUGUUUUCUUAAAAAACAAGAGAGUUUGGGGGUUUUUUUUCUUUUUGUUUUAAAUUUCCUCCUCUUCUGGCAGCCCUGGUGGGAUCGUUCCUUUCUCUUACCUUCCCUGAGAGACACACGAUGGCAGUGCUGGAGCCCAGGGCAAGCUUACCACUCAGUUAAAUUUUUUUAAAUGAAAGCAGAACAGCCACAACCAGAGACUUCAAUGACUUUGUUGAUAAAGUUUACUUUAUUUACCAUUAAUAUAUAGAUCAACAAGCAAUUAAUGGGACUAAAAAUCAGAAUUCAAUCACUCUACACGUGGGCUAUUAAGGACGUGUCUCCUCGAAUGUGUUAAAUUGGACAUUGAAGGGAGAUGAAUGGCUUUUUUCAUGCCAUGCAUUGAUAAUAUUUUUAAAGCCUUUGAAAUUUUUUUCAAAAGAAAUAAAUGUUUCCUGGAAAACAUUUGGAAAAUCCCAAGAACGAAACAGAAAAGAAACAUCUGAAGCCCUGCAUUUCUUAAUUUGGUGGGAGCUGUUCAUUAAAUGCUAAACAAGAAGGGUAACUCCACAGGGAUCUGUCUUGGCAAAUCUGGCUCCAGUGUAUGUUUUAUAAAAAGGAAGUCCAAGUGGCUUUUGAAUACAUCUGUAUCAGUUUCACUUGUCAUUGACUAAGCUUGUGUUGAUCAUUUAGAAUGUCUCUAUGAUUAGGGGGAAAAGGCGAUGACUGACUGUUUGGAUGUUUUUUUUUGACAAGUAUUGACCGUUGAGCAGAUUUGGGCAAUGGGGUGGGAUAAACAAAACGCUCAGAGAAACAGCCAGAUUAUUGGCUGGAUUUUUCAUGUGGGGCAUCUGUAGGAGAGUCACAGGUCUGAGAAACAAAAGAUAUACUUGAAACCGGGGUCCAUUCCCAUUUCAGUCCUUCCACUCAUCGGAAUAACACUUGAAUUCACUGGAUCUCAUCACAUAUGUUUAAAGUUGGAGCCCGUUUCUUCUCUCACCCCUCCCCAGCUCACCAGUGGAAACUGAAACUCGCCAAAAGUGAAGCCAAAUCCAUGAGACAAGAAAUUAAAUAGCCAUGAUCACAUGGCCUAUUUUUCACAGGUUUUAAGUUGAAUGUUUAAGAACUUUAUUUUUUUCCCUUACUCAUGUAUAGCAAACUUGGGUUUAUUUUGAUUUCCCUAAAUUAUUUUCUGAUACAAUAAACUGUUAACUGUUUAUUUAUACUUUUACAUGAGCACUUGUUAUUUUUCAAGAGAAAUGAAAGCUUCUCUGUUCUUGUGUUAUGCAUCUAUCUAUACCACAGAUGUCUCUAUAGACUUAUUUAUAUAUCAACUUCUUGAACGAGUUAAACUACUGUCGUUUAAUGUUGUGUUUUCUUUAAAUGCGCAUCAUAAUCAUGUUAGUAAACAGCAAUGACACACUAUUUUAGGUUGGGGGUGGGAGGGAAGGCAGGUGGCUGGGUGUGAAUUCGUACAGGUGAGCUUUUGUUCCAGAUUUUUUUAAAUUGUUUCUGUAUUUCAAAGCUAUGUAUUUGGAAACCUUGUAAAUGCAACACCUAUAUCAAUUCUCUUGUGUAUAUUUAGUACUCUGAUGUUGCUAUUAAAAAAAAACAAAAACAUAAUAUAAAAAAAGAAAAGCAUUGCCAUGAGUUCAGGA